AUGUCUGACACUGCAAUUGCUGACUUUGGCCUGAUUGGCCUUGCUGUUAUGGGACAAAACCUUAUUUUGAACGUUGCUGAUCAUGGCUUUACAGUAGUUGCUUACAACAGAACUGUAGAGAAAGUCGAUCGCUUUUUAGCGAAUGAAGCCAAGGGUAAAAGUGUAAUCGGCGCACGCUCGGUCGAGGAACUUUGCCGUAAGCUUAAGAAACCACGAAAAAUCAUGCUUUUGGUAAAAGCUGGUCAAGCCGUCGACGAUUUCAUCGAACAAAUCAUUCCUCAUAUUGAAUCGGGUGACAUCAUCAUCGAUGGUGGUAAUUCUCACUUUCCCGAUAGCAUCCGACGUUCCAAAUAUCUGGAACAGAAAGGCUUCUCGUUUAUUGGAUGUGGUGUUUCGGGUGGUGAGGAUGGUGCUCGUUAUGGACCUUCUCUUAUGCCUGGCGGUUCUCCUGCUGCGUGGCCACACGUGAAACCAAUCUUCCAAGCUAUUUGUGCCAAAGCUGAUAAUGAACCUUGCUGCGACUGGGUUGGUGAGACUGGCGCAGGACAUUACGUCAAAAUGGUCCAUAAUGGUAUCGAAUAUGGUGAUAUGCAGCUCAUAUGUGAAGCUUAUCACAUUAUGAAAGAGGGUCUUCACCUCGGGGCCGAUGAGAUUGCAAACGCGUUUGCGGGAUGGAAUGAGGGCGACUUGAACUCGUUUUUGAUUGAGAUCACAAGAGACAUUAUGAGGUUCAAGGAUUCUGAUGGAACUCCAUUAGUUGAAAAAAUCAAGGAUACAGCUGGACAGAAAGGUACAGGCAAGUGGACAGCUAUAUCCGCUCUUGAUCUCGGGGUACCUGUAACACUUAUCGGUGAGGCUGUCUUUGCACGGACGCUUUCUUCUCUCAAAAACGAACGUGUUCGUGCAAGCGAGAUCUUAUCGGGACCUGCAAGCAGCGGACACCAAAUCGUUGAUAAGAAUGAAUUUGUCAAGAAACUCGGCCAGGCUCUAUAUGCUUCCAAACUUGUCUCAUAUGCUCAAGGGUUUAUGCUAAUGCGUGAGGCAGCAAAGGAAUAUAACUGGAACUUGAAUAACGCCGGUAUCGCUUUAAUGUGGAGAGGUGGUUGUAUCAUUCGAAGCGCUUUUCUUGGAAAAAUCAAGGAAGCCUACACAAACAACCCAGCUCUUGAGAACCUUUUGUUUGAUCCAUUUUUCAAGAAUGCCAUUGACAACGCCCAGUCUUCAUGGCGUUAUGUAAUUUCCCAAGCCAUUGUAAUGGGUAUUCCUAUACCCGCAUUCUCAACAGCUUUGGCCUUCUAUGACGGCUAUAGACACGCCAGACUUCCUGCCAACUUAUUACAAGCUCAAAGAGACUAUUUCGGUGCCCAUACAUUCAGAUAUCUUGACGAAUACACUGACGACAAACAUCCGAAAGACCGUGAUGUCCAUAUCAAUUGGACUGGACAUGGUGGUAACGUGAGUGCCUCAACUUACCUUGCCUAG